UCGUUUUCUAUCAAGGUAGGUUGAGGUUAGAAAUUUCAGCGAAGUCCUCUUUCUUUCGGUCAAAGCAGGCUAAGGCGUAUUUUCCGAAUAGCCCAUUGAUCGUUUCAUUAUUUUUUAAAGGAAGAAUAUCGCAUUUUGUUACUUAUUCUACCGCUUAAAGCGAGUUAAAAGCAACCCGCAGGAUGCAAGGCAACAGAGGUCCCCGUCCUGAACAACACAAUCAUGGCCCCCCGAGGUACCAGGGCCCACCACCCCAUCAUAGACGAGGCCCCGACAGCAACGGGCAACACGCAGAAAGGAGCAAACCGCCACCAGAUGCAAACACUGGCAUCACGAUAGAUCUCCAGGCCUUCAGGAAACCGGGCGAGAAGACUUACACGCAACGCAGCCGAUUGUUCGUGGGAAACCUACCGUCCGGUACGACAGAGGAGGAGGUGGAAAAGCUCUUCUCCAAGUACAGCAAACCAUCUGAGAUUUUCAUCAAUAAGGACAGAGGUUUUGGAUUUGUGAGACUGGAGACGCGGACCCUGGCGGAGAUAGCCCGGGUGGAGCUCGACGACGCGCCCUUUAACGGGCGCCAGCUGCGCGUGCGCUUCGCCACCCAGGGCUCGGCCCUGUCCGUGCGCAACCUGCCGCAGAACAUCUCCAACGAGCUGCUGGAGGAGGCCUUCUCCAUGUUCGGCCAGGUGGAGCGUGCCAUCGUCAUUGUGGACGACCGCGGCCGCCCCACGGGCAAGGGCAUCGUGGAGUUCACCGCCAAGCCGCCUGCCAGGAAGGCGCUGGACCGCUGCGCUGAUGGAGCCUUCCUGCUCACCGUUUUUCCACGUCCUGUGACCGUGGAGCCUCUGGAGCAGUACGAUGAGGACGAGGGUCUGCCGGAGAGGCUCAUCAGUAAGAACCAGCAGUAUCACAAGGAGCGGGAGCAGCCUCCUCGUUUCGCCCAGCCCGGGUCCUUUGAGUACGAGUACGCCAUGCGCUGGAAGGCCCUGAUGGACAUGGAGAAGCAGCAGUACGAGCAGGUGGACCGUAACAUCAAAGAGGCCCGCGAGAAGCUGGAGCAGGAGCUGGAGGCUGCCCAGCAUGAGCACCAGGUCAUGCUCAUGAGACAAGACCUGCUGAGGCGGCAGGAGGAGCUCCGCAGGAUGGAGGAGAUGCACAGCCAGGAGGUGCAGAAGAGGAAGCAGAUCGAGCUGCGGCAGGAGGAGGAGCGCAGGAGGCGCGAGGAGGAGAUGGCCCGUCGGCAGGAGGGCUUCAAAGCCGGCUUCCCCGAGAACAGAGACCAAGAUGCGAGAAUGCACAUGGCAGGGCAGGGCAUGGGAAUGAACAGAGCCCAAAUGGGUGGAGGAGCCCAGAUGGGUGGCGGACCAUCUCUGCCCAGUGGAGCGAGCGCCAUGCCAACUGAAGCCAACCCUUUAAUGGCACAGCAGGAACGCUUCCCUUUGGAAGGCAUGGGCAACAACGUCAUGCCCGGAGCCCAGCCGGGGUUCCCCAGGGGCCCCCCAGGGCCCGCUGACUUUGGCCCCAACAAACGCCGUCGAUACUGAGGAAGAGGAGGGUCGGAGCUGCCCGACAUUCACCUUAUUCACAUAGUGUUUCUUUGUUUCUUUUUUUUAACGAACUCUUGCCUGUACGAUUUUUAAAUUUGGUGUCCUGGAAGAUGCCUUCACUGCAGCCAUUUUGUAUGGGCUGCAUUGUAAGUCGGGCCCCGUGUAAGCUACGUUCCACAGCGGCCUGCCCUCUGUAGUGACCUGUCCCUCGCCGCCCACAUUGUACAGUGAUAGUUUGAUACUUUUGUGCAUUUUUAAAGAAAACGUCAAAUGUUCAUGUAAGCCUCUUUCUUUGUGAUUGUGUCCUCCUCUAAUAAAUUAGCAAAAUGCCA